UUGACAGCCGCCUUCUUGGUUUCUAAAUUACUAAUCCUCUAUUAAUAACUUCAGUCUUCCAAACCCUUCAACGAAAUUUCAUGGUAAUCCCUCGUUUAUUCAUAUAAAAACGAAAUCAGCAAUUUAAAUAUUGAUUUAUGUGUGUUACUGGUUUACUGCAUUCUACGUGUGCCAACUUCUCACCGUCCACAACAAUCCAACCCAGCUCAGCUAUUUUUUUUUCAAUUGUUGAGCACAACCCAGAAAUCCAAGAAAAAUCAGAAAACCCCACAUCGAAUCUUGAGAAAUCUGUUUAAAUUCUGACGAAUCGAGAGAACUUCGAGGGUCAAAGUUGAAAAAGAAGAUGGAUAACGGCAAUAACAGUGGCGGAGGCGGUGGUAGUGGCGAGAAGCAGAGCCACCGUCUUCCGCUGUCGGAUGUGGUGUCUGAUUGCUUGAGAAGAUGGUUUCAAGAUACCCUCAAAGAAGCCAAAGCCGGGGAUCUGUCUAUGCAAGUUUUGGUCGCCCAGAUGUACUUCAAUGGUUAUGGGAUUCCAAAAGAUACCCAAAAGGCAAAAAUUUGGAUGACAAGAGCUGCAAGAGUCCGUUCUUCAGUUUGGAGAGUUAGCAAUAAACGCCCAGGCUAUAAUGCAAGUGAUUCUGAUUCAGAAGAGUUGCUGGACGACUCUUGAUAUAAAUGAGAAGGAUCUUGGAUUUGUUCAUCUAAUUAAUCAUUUGUACGAAAAUGCACCUGGCUUUUUAAUGCAUUUUUCGCCUUCUCAUUUUGUUGUUCGUUUCAAAGAAAAAGUUCUUUUUGUACAAUUGACUUUGUUUGGUGUAGAAAAACUUUGCUUUUUUA